AAUUAAAAAAGAAAAGAACAAUAAAAACCUGUCUUCUCUUCUUCCGUUCUCAAUCAGUUGGGUUCCCAGACCUUUGUUUUCUUUCUUCUUCAACGUAUCCUCUCUCACUUUACCCAGGCAUCCAUCCAUCCAUCCAUCCAAAUUUGACUUUAGGUUUUAAUUAGUUUAAUUAAUUAACUAAUUAGCAUCAUAGAAAUAGAAUAUAAUUUUAUAUAUAUAUAUAUAUAUAUAUAUAUAUAUAUAUAUAUUCACCCGCUGAUUAUAAUUAUCCCCUCUCUUUAGUGUCUUUCAAUCAGCCAAAUUCCUCUCCUCUCCUCUCCUCCAAAGGUUUGGAAAUUUCCUUAAUUAAUAAACAGUAAAAAUAUGUCUGGGAGAAAUCGAGGACCGCCUCUGCCCAUGAAAGGUGGACCUCACCCUUCACUACCACCGGCUGCCAUACAUGAGGCUCGCUUUGGCAGGGGACUCGGACCAUUGCCCCCUCAUCCAGGUUUAUUAGAGGAUAUGAGAGAUCCCCAGUUUGGGAUGGACCCCAGGCGCCUUCCUCCUCAUCACGUUAUGUUUGAGGAUCGUCUUGCAGUCCAGCACCAAGAUAUUCAAGUUUUAUUAGCUGACAACCAGCGCCUAGCUGCGACCCAUGUUGCAUUAAAGCAGGAAUUGGAAGCUGCACAGCAUGAGUUGCAUAGGAUGGCACAUUUUGGGGAUGCAUUUCAUGCUGAGAAGGAUGUUCAGAUGAGGGAGUUGCAUGAGAAGUCUCUGAGGAUGAAGAUGGAUCUUCGUGGGGUGGAAGCUAUGCGGAAUGAGCUUCAUCAUGUGCGUUCUGAUAUUAAAGAACUUACUGAUGCAAAGCAGGAGCUUACGGGUCGGAUGCAGGCGAUGAGUCAAGAUUUGGCUAGGUAUAAUGUAGAUUUGCAACAAGUGCCAUCUGUGAAGGCUGAAAUUGAGAAUAUGAAGCAGGAACUGCAGCGUGCGCGAGCUGCCAUCGAGUAUGAGAAGAAAGGCUAUGCGGAGAAUUACGAGCAUGGUGUGGUGAUGGAGAAAAAACUGGUUGGCAUGGCUCGGGAGAUGGAGAAGCUUCGGGCAGAGAUUGCUAAUGCAGAGAAGAGAGCUCGUGCUGCCGCUGCUAUAGGAAAUCCAGCUGCAGCUUAUAAUGCAAAUUACGGAAAUCCGGAAACUGGAUACACAGCAAAUCCAUAUCAGGCUGUCUACGGCAUGAAUCCUGUAAGAUCUCGAUGUGUGUUUCCAAAUUUAUAUUUAUGCAUCUGUGCACGCAUACUUGUAGUAUGGAGCUGGACCUGGUUCCUGGGGUGCAUAUGAUAUGCAGCGAGCUCAAGGACCCAGAUAGAUUGGCUUUCAGACCAAGCUAAGAUGUGUUUCAAAUGGUAUCUUAGGCUGCACUUCCUUAGAUACUUGGGUUUGGGUUUGAACUGUUUUCUCAGUAUGCUUAUUUUAAGAGUCGUGCUCAUCUGUUUCACUUGAUGAAGUUGUACCUGCUAAUAAUGACAGUUCAUAUUAUUUUUGGGGUGCAGUGCACUACAUUGAUUUGUCAUCUUCUACUGCAAAUGUUUGCAUAAACUCCUAUUCUUUUAAUGCAUUUUGGUGUGUGUGUUUAGUCCAUGCUUGGAUUCAUGAAUUCCAAUUCAUGUACUGUAAAGGGUCAGAUAUGCAUGCUUCACAGCUGUAUAUUGGUUAUUAUGCUUCUCAGUUGUGAGGCAUUUGGUUGUGAAGUCAUCCAAAUUGCUGAGUAUCCUAUUUUUGAGACAAGUACCAUAUUCAGGUGCCACUAAACUUUAGGACACCGUGUGUUGGAUGAGCAACUGGGUUAUGUUAAAUAUUUUGCUCUGUGAUCACCUGAACUUCUGGAGUUUACUCUGAGGCACUUUCUGAUAAUUGUUAUUGUGAAGUUUAGCCUUCUUCUAGCUCCACUUUCUUGCAGACCUUAGUUGGUUUACUUCAGAUCUUAGCUCAAAAGCUUCUGCUUAGUAUUUUUUUUUGUUCCAGAUAUUAAUUUCUUUCCAAAAUAUAGAAAGAAGCUUUGAUCUCUGGAAUCUGUUAACUUUGAUCUCUGGAAUCUGAUGGUAGUUUUAGCAACUAAAAUGGUAGAAUUUGGAUAAAGUUGCUAUUUGGUGAGCAUCUUCAAGGUUCAAAUGAACUUAACUGGGGAUGUUUGAUCUGCCAUUGAGUUGUCGAUGAGCCAUCAAUAAUUAUCUGUUAUAACUUCCAGUAAGUUUACAGCUAGUUUGUUAGGAUGCAUCCUUGACCAUUAGGAUGGUGUUGCUGUUUUGAGAGCAUCUUCAAUGUACAGUAUAAGUAAACCUGGGGACCUCUGACCUGCCAUUGAGCAGGUGAUGAAACCAUCUAUCCUUUGAUUGGUUACUAUUUUUAUUAAAUUUACAGCUUGUUCUUUAGGAUGCCAUUUUUCCACCACCCUCUUUUCUCCUUUUCUUCUGUCUCUGGAGAAAAGGACAAGUGUUAAGCUAAAGCAAUUGACCUGGGAUACACCUACAUUUCAAGCAGUUCUUGUCUUGAAACCUAAUCUUCUUUCGUAUUGACCAAGGGAAUUACUCUAGAGAUGUGUGAUCAAAUUCAAAUCAUUACCACUUUUGAGAUCUUUGCUUGGUUCUUCAGUUAGCUACCUUGUUGCAGUCUAGUUUUAUACUUCCAUGUUUCAGUCUAGUGUUUAUACUUUAUACUUCUAAGUCCAUUUGACAACUGCACUGUGGCAUUGCUCUGCAAAUUUUCUUCUUAUUACACUUCAAAUCUUGACUAAUCUCUAACUGGUAUGAGAUUCUUACUAUUCAGAGUAAGAUGCUCUCGUAGUUGUUUUGAUGCCAGACUGUCUUGAAGAAUCCUUCUAUUAUACUUUAUGUUCUGAUUGGGAACUGUAUAUGAAAGUUCAGGAUUUAAGGUUCGGAAUGAUAGAAGUAUGAUCUUAGGGCUAGUCUGGUUAGGUUUGAAUUGGUUGAGGCUUUAAAGGAACACAGGGGCUGUAUUUGGAACUUGAUAAUCGGGUUGCAGGAAUUGCUAGACAAAUGAAUUUAGGUUUAAAAGGGGUUCCUCAUAUUGAUGGUUGAUAGUUACAAAAUAAUCAGGUUUUAGGCUUCAAAAAGGUGUAAAAUUCAGGGUUUAGUCAGUAGCAAGACAAGCCUAAAUCAAGCUUAAAAUGGUAAUCAAUUCCAAAAUUUCAUGCACAUAUUUCUUAAAUAUUAUUAACCAAGUCCAAAAGUGAAUUGACUUAUGUAAUAUUCUAACAUCCUAGAGCUGACCUAGUUUUACAUAUAAUUUGUUUAUAGCUGUUACUUGCACUAACCUUUUAGGUAAUUUAGCUUUUGUGUACAUAUAUACUAUCUUCAUUUCUUCACCUUCUGCGACCAGGACCAUGCAGUCAAGCAAACCUAUAGCAGUUUGGCAUAGUUCUUAGGUGGCUUGUUUUACUCCUUUCCUUUAUGAUGGCAUUGUAUUUAUUUCCUCUGGGAUCUUGGAGCACUGAUGUCAGGCUAGUUAUUUGGAUUUAGUCAAAGUUUGUUGCUUCUAUGAGGGAGAGCUCAAUGUUCCCCUCCCCCUUUCAGAAAGGGAAAAAAGAAACACGAAAACAAACUUCCUAUUACAGAAUUGCAUUGUUUGCCAAGGUAGAAGAUAUAUCUCCCCUCACCAUUAGAUGAUUUGUCAUUCCUGCAACAGUGAAUUUCCCAUUAUGACUAAGGUGAGAAAUAAGCUUUGAAAAUGGAACUGAACUUUUAAGUUGGAAGCUCUCAGUUCCUGAAUGGGAGGCCUUCUCUACUAGUCUAUCAUGUGGAGUUGGCUAUGUGGAGACACAUCAUUCAUUUUCCCCUUUGAAAUGGAUUCUAUGAAUUCAUCUCGUUUAAAAUAUCAGUGGCCGAGUGUUCGUUAGACUCUUAUUCGUUGGCCAAGGUAUGCUGGUCAUUCUGCAAGACAUGUUCCACUGUGAAGCUACAAGAUGAGGUUUAUGGUCAAGUAAGUGAUAUAAAUUUCUGUGAGUAUGCUGUCUUUUAUUUGUAUCUCCUUUCCCUCGUUUUUUUCCCAGUCAAAAUGUUUUUAAUUUCUUUCCCUGUAAGUACACUAGUAGCUUGGUGCCAAUCUCUUGGUUGUAGCAUAUGAUAGGGAGCCUUUUGUAAUCAAUGGUUGAGGCAUUUCAAAGUCAAGAAAAUAGACUGCUUGAGCUGUCUUCUGGUAGCCAUGUUUGAAGCCAUAUGGAUAUUGCUAGCUGUCUCGUGUUCUAUUCCUAUUAUAUAUUGUAUUUCGUUGAUUGGGAAGCUGUUGGUUUGCUUCUUUUUUUUGUUCAUAAUUUUGUUUUUAAGAAUUUUUUUUUUUUACUUUUUUGCAUGCAAGUUUUAGGGGCACUUCCUGAUCGUGAUAGUGCAGGAGGAUGAUAAAUAAUAGGAGAAACAAUUAAAUGAAGGGAUUUGCAUUGAUGGUUUGAUGUUAACUUAAUUUAUACAGGCAAUAAUGUAAGAGUGAUGAACUCUCUAGGAAGCAGCAUCUUGACUGAGUUUUACUGCUGGAAGGAUAAAACUAGAAAAUGUGUUGUGAUGUCGAAUUCAUCUAUAAUGAGUAUGUAUCCUGACAGAUGUGAAUAUGUUGGCAGCAUCAUCAGUCAUUGUCUUGUUGGUAUUAGUGCUUCUUUGUUGAUUUUGGAUAGGUGUUAUAAGCAUAUGUGAGAGCAUAUGUUUUGGAGAUUUGUCCUUCUUUUCACUCACUACGUGGUUCACAUUUGUCUUGACUUGAUAAAAUCUGAAACUGGUCUUUGUUGGCUGAGUUGAGAGGAGUGUCCUUAGUAUGAUUGUAAACAUUGCAAUCUGAAUAGGGAUCAAUCCCUCUUACCUACAUAUAAAAAAAAAAUCUAAACUGGAAGGAUUUUAGUUGGCUAGAUUCAGAUUGAAAAAUCAAGUAGGGUUCUGAGCCUGUAUAGUUUACAACAACCACUUCAGGACGAGUGAUGCACUGCUGUUUUUUUUUUUUUUUUUACAGGCUCAUUUCCUGUCUUGAUUUUCAUUUGUCAAUUCAGUAUAUUGUGUGUUGAAUUUGAAAGUUAUUUUUCCUGUUGACAUUUAGUCUCUAGAAAAGCUAAUAUUUGAUUGAGCAGCAUGUGUUUAGCAAAAUAUUUUACUUUAUUUUGCAGAGAUGUAAAGUAUAAAUGUGUGCUUGUAUUGAUGCUUACCUUUUAAUAUUUUCCACUAUAUUAGUAUUCCUGGCAUUUACUGUAGUUGCAUUGUUUUUUACUAUAUUUUGUAGAUGGUACAUAGGGUCUUAUAAGUUAUAAUGCUCCAUCCAUUUCUAUUAUUUUUGUUAGUGUUAUUUAUAUAUUUUUUUUUCCUUGAGAAUGGUGUUUAGUUGUAUCUCAGGUGGAUGCCUUCUAUCUACCAGUUCAUAUUUACAUGACAGUAUUAUUAUUUAUUUUUUUCAAGCAUUUAGGAUUUGUUCCACCUUUGACAUGUUCUCAUGUCUAUUUGAUGUUUUCUUAUUUUAUUUUUAUUUUUUUAUGUUCAGCAGUGCUGUUACCUUCUCUACGAUAAGUGUGUUUGAUACUUUGAUACUUUUGUGUUUCUUGUUUAGGGCUCAUGACCUUUUAGCCAUCAAAUUGUUGCCUUCACCAUGGUGGAUCAUGGGGUUCUGCUGUCUGAGAGGCACAGAUAACAAUAUGCAACCAAAGUCAUAUUUGGCACUCUAAUUGGGAUCAAUCCAAGAUGCUCUUGUACUCGCAACCUCGGUCUGUCGAUUGCGGUGGCAGCCACAUCUGUGGUUGCAAUAAGUUUUUGAGGCUUCCAUCAAUUCCUUUAGAGAAGGUUUCUUGGCAAGGAUGUGCAAGGCCUUGUUUGAUUGGCAAAAGUUCAGUUUGCUAUCGAAGAAAGAAUUAAUACAAUGAUUUUCUUCGAUUCUGUCUAUCUUGGAUUCUUCAAGGUCACGCCAUACAUGAUACUGGUAAAAUUUGCAGGAGUCAAGUAGCAGUCAUCUUGAGCAUUUUCAUGUAUAAUCAUAAAACACGUAGGUUUUUUUCAUAUUGUAUUUCUGAAAAAUACAAACAGAUACCACUAAUGGAAGGAAAGAUAUUCGAAAGA